CAGCGGCUUACGGAUCCUUUUGACGUCGCCUUUCAAAUCACUUUCCUCUUCUUCCCUUUCUACUAAACUCCAAUCCUCAUUGGUUGCUCAAGCGCAUGUACUUCACUGGCUGUUCUUCAUCUUCACCCAUCAAUAUCUUCAAAGGUAAACUCGUUUACUUCAUCAUUUUCUUCAAUUCUACAACAAGACUCGCGGAAUCAGCACAACUGCAAUUGGGUUCUUGAUUUCUGUAUAGAUUUCUUGAAAACCCACUUUCUAGCUGUUGUUAUUUGGUGACAUUUGUUAUCUAUUAGCAAUUGGGAAGCCAGCAUGUGUGCAUUUGGUGGAUAAGCAGAAAUUUGUUGAAUUUCUAUAGCUUUUAUUGAUCAUUACAUCCAGAUCCAUGAGUAGAGACGUAGAUGUGCAUGAGCAUUAUCUAAAUGGCACGUUGCCAGCUGAUAUUGCUGAGAAUUUGAAUGACUUUUUACCAGAAGAGGAAGGCCUUUGUUAUGAAGAGGUUAUCUUGCAACAGGCAAGUGUCUAUGAAUCAAUUCAAGAAUAUGGAAGGAACAGGGUUGUGGCUUCCGAUGAUCAUCCAAGCAGAGACUCAAGUGUUUCUUCAGAGGAUGAGGGUGAGGCCUCGAGGAAUGAAAGUGUUAUUUCACAAGAAGCUAUGGAUGAAGCUUUAGCCAGAUCCUUGCAGGAGUUGGGGGAGGAUUUCGAUGAGUUUUUCAUAACCCAAUUCAGUGGCAAUGCAAACAGUAUCACAGAAAGUCCUGUAGCAACUCCUACGGAACAGGCUCCUAGUUCAGAUUUGAGGCAAGAUGAUAUUGAUCCUGAUAAUAUGCAAUAUGAGGAAUUAGUAAACCUCACUGAAUCUGUUGGUGUCGAAAACAGAGGACUAUCAGAAUCCCAUAUUUCCAGGUUACCAACCUCCAUUUACACAUCAAGAAUGUUCUCAAAGAACAAGGAAGAAAAAUUGUGCGUGGUGUGUCAAGAGAAUUUCAAGUUCGGGAAACGCCUGAUCACGUUGCCUUGUUCUCACCAGUAUCAUAGUGAGUGUAUCAUCGACUGGCUCAAGAUCAAGAAGAUAUGCCCUAUGUGUCAAAAAGAGGUCAUUUGAGUCUUCCAAGUUUGAAGCAUUCAGAUGGAAGGAUAAAAGCCAGCAAAAAAAUGUGGUAAUUUAUGUUUUCAAUAUGGUGUUUCUUGAAUUCAUUUUCUCCUUUUUCUGUAAAUCAAGUACUACAGGAUAAAGCCAUUUGGGUAUAAAUGGAUGGGGGUCUUUUAAAAUGACUUCAAAGUUAUGGAUUCGAACCGUGUACUUGUUUCCGAGCUGUUUAAUGAUAUCAGGGAUGGUCUGAAAAAAGUUGUUAC